AUCGGCUCAGCAACAGCGGUUUCGAGCAUGUUCUCACUCACAGCCCUGACCGCGCUUUCUCUCUUCGCCGGCGCGCACGCCCAGCAAGUGGGCACGCUGCAGUCGGAGACGCACCCGUCUCUGACGUACCAGACGUGCACCAGCAGCGGCUGCACCUCGCACAACGGCAAGGUCGUCCUCGACUCUAACUGGCGCUGGACACACAUCACGAACGGCUCCGACAAUUGCUACGAUGGGAACGAGUGGGACACCUCUGUCUGCUCCGACCCUACGGAGUGUGCGUCCAACUGCGCUAUAGACGGCGCUGACUACCCGGGCACCUACGGCAUUCAGUCUUCGGGCGAUGCGCUCACGCUCAAGUUCGUCACGAACGGCCAGUACUCGACCAACAUCGGUUCGCGCGUCUACCUGAUGGACACGGACUCGUCCUACGCCAUCUGGAAGCUCAAGAACCAGGAGUUCACCUUCGACGUCGACGUAUCAAACCUUCCUUGUGGGCUGAACGGCGCCGUCUACUUCGCUGAGAUGGAAGCCGAUGGCGGCAUGUCUAAGUUCUCUGGCAACAAGGCUGGCGCGAAGUACGGGACUGGGUAUUGCGACGCCCAGUGUCCGCACGACAUCAAGUUCAUCAACGGAGAGGCCAACAUUGUCGAUUGGCAGCCCUCGCCCAACGACACUAACGCGGGAUCCGGCAAAUACGGCACCUGCUGCAAUGAGAUGGAUAUCUGGGAGGCGAACUCGCAGGCAACUGCCGUCACGCCGCACACGUGCACGAGCGUUGGCCAGACUCGCUGCGAGGGCACCGACUGCGGUGACGGCGACCAGCGCUACGAUGGUGUCUGCGACAAGGACGGAUGCGACUUCAACUCCUGGCGCAUGGGUGACCAGACCUUCUUCGGCGAGGGCAAGACCGUCGACACCACCCAGGUCAUGACCGUCGUCACCCAGUUCAUCACCUCCGACGGCACCGCCAGCGGCGACCUCACCGAGAUCCGGCGCAUCUACGUCCAGAACGGGCAGGUCAUCCAGAACUCCAAGACCGCCAUCGAGGGCAUGGACGAGUUCGACUCGAUCACGGACGAGUUCUGCGCGCAGCAGAAGGCCGCGUUCAACGACAAUACGUCCUUCGCGGACCGCGGGGGCAUGUCGCGCAUGGGCGAGACGUUCGACAACGGGAUGGUGCUCGUGCUCUCGCUGUGGGACGACCAUGCGGCGAACAUGCUCUGGCUCGACUCGGAGUACCCGCUCGACCGCGAUGCGUCCGAGCCGGGCACGUCGCGUGGCCCAUGCAGCAGGGAUAGCGGCAAGCCCACCGACGUUGAGUCGCAGUCUCCGGACGCGUCCGUCGUCUACUCCAACCUCCGCUUCGGCGACCUCGACAGCACGUACUCGUAAAGUGCGAGCGUACACUGGCAAAAAGGUCUUUCAUUCUGGGAAAUAGGAUUUCUAUCGCAUGUAGUCUCUCUCUGUAUCCGGUGUAUGGUAUCUAAAAUGUGACUUGUGUACUUACGCGACAUACCUGCCCGAGCGCACGCAUCGGUGCUCCUCGACAAGCAAGGAUUCGAACUUCCAUCCUUCCUCAACACGCUUUUGAUCGCCGGCCCGCACGCAUACCGCCGCACCUGGUCCGUGCGUCCUCCCUUUCCUAUAUAUCCCUUCCUCCGACAUCUUCCCUCCCCAUCUUUGUGCUCGGGCAUGUACGCUCAC